AUAAAAAGAAGCAGUUGCUCGUGAGCAUGAGUACGAAGUAUGAGCACAUGCUUAGAGUAAAAAGUACGAGUAUGAGCACAUACUUCAAUCACUAUGAAUAAACUAAACCUUUUACUUAAGAGCAUUUGCUUCUUACUCUGGAGCAAACGCUCAUAUUCGUUAUCUUCAUAAAAACACCCAUCGAUAGCUUAUUUCCUAUAAGAACGACGACCAUGAAGAGAUUAUUUAAAAAACCACAAUUCGCUAUCCAUGAUUUUCAUCCUUAGUUCGGUUAUCAUCAGUGCAUUGUACAGAUGAGUUCGUCAAGUGGCUGUGAAUCGCCGGGGUCCGGUGCUGGGAAAACUGCAAAUUCCCAAUUAUUUAUAGUCCGAGAAAUCGAAAAACGACCUGAAUUACUAUCAAAAUCUCAGUUACCAAAUGAAAAAGCAAAAAAAGAAAAAUCCUUACUGGAGGUGGUGGAAUUGUAUGAAGUCCACUUAGGGCGUCGCAUCAGCCAACAACAGUUGAAGAAAAAAAUUAACAAUAUGAAAUCGCGGCUCAAGAAGAAGACCGACAAACAGAAGACCGGAAACAAACGCAUUACUUUGCAUGAGUGGGAGAAGGUCUUGUAUAAGAUACUUGAAGGAGAUGAUAAUCCAACAAUCAACAAAAUCCCGGAACCUGCUGUAGCAGGUGUGGCGAAAAGGACACAAGAAUGUGAGCCCAAACACAGAGAGAAAAAGAACUGUGAAAAGAGUAUACGUUCUCCCGAGCCCAAGAAGUCAAAACUUUACAACUACGAGACUGAGGAAACACACAGUUUAACCACAACGGAACUACAAAGACUUGUGUUGUUGGAGCAACUAAAAGCCGCAAGGUUGCAAAGAGAGUAUAUUUUGAAGAAAAUGGAACGACUGUAAUAAACUGAUAGUGAUAAUAUGUGUAUUAUACCAAAUAAACGAUAUUUAACAAUGCAUAACUCUUUUUUGUCUGUUUUAAUUAAGAAACGUCUUCUAAUAAAGGUGACGUCGAACAAUUAUAUCAGCAAUUUCAUCUCGUUUUACACGUGCACGUUGCAACAUCUCGUUGUCAGGGAUAUGUUGAUUUUGAUUGUCGUCUUCAUCAUUUUCAUCAGUGUCGUCUUCAUCUUCUUCUUCAGGAAACUCUUCAUCUUUAAGAUGCUUUGCUAUGUUGUGCAUGAUGAAACAACAAAUAAUAAUACGUGAUAUUCUCCUAAGUUUUAAUCUGCAUAUAUAUUUCAGUAUAGGAAAUCGCCGUUUCACUUGGCCAAAACAGCGUUCAAUAA